AGCGAUCCAGCGAUAAUAAAGAAAGCGUGUUUUUAUCAUUAUUUCCUUUUCGUUUUUGUGAUAUUUCAUCAACAUUGUUUACUUUGAUUUAAUAAAAUAAAAUAAAAAAAAAAAAAUGAACGUUACAAAUCGUGUUUGCAUAAUAGGUGCCGGUACAGCGGGCUUGUGUGCACUGAAAAACUCGAUUGAGCAUGGAAUGCAAGCAACUGCAUACGAACAAUGUGACCAAAUCGGUGGUACGUGGGUUUAUUAUGAACCAACUGAAAAUGAAGAACAUGAAGACGAUGUGCAGAGUAGUAUGUAUAAGGAUUUGCGAACCAAUUUACCAAAAGAAGUAAUGGGUUUUGCAGAUUAUGACUUUCCAGAAAGCGUUAAAGAAUCUUAUAUCACAUGUGGUGAAGUUUUAACAUUUUUGCAAUCCUAUGCAAAACAUUUUAAUUUAGGUUCACAUAUAAAAUUACGACAUGAAAUUAUCAGAGUGCGACCGAGAAGAGACAUAUGGGAGGUACUCAUCAAGGACAUGGCAACCGAUCAAUACUUUAUAGAAUAUUUUGAUUUUGUAUUUGUUUGCAAUGGACAUUAUACCAAACCUAGUUAUCCCACUAUUAAAGAUUUGGAUAUCUACGAAGGACAACGACUACAUAGUCAUUUAUAUCGGACACCUGAUAUGUUCAAGGAUCAAAAUGUUCUAAUAAUAGGUGUUGGUCCUAGUGGCAUGGAUAUUGCUGCACACAUACAUGAUAGUGCAAAAGAAGUCUAUUUAAGUCAUCAUAUGGAAACAAAUCCAAACACUGAUUUCAUGACCAAUGUUAUACAUAAACCUGAUCUAGAACGAUUUACCAAAACAGGUGCAGUUUUUAAAGAUGGCAGUAUAGAAACCUUUACAUUUGUUAUAUUCUGUACGGGCUAUAAAUAUACUUUCCCAUUUCUGAGCACAGAUUGUGGGAUACACGUUGAUGAUAAUUUUGUUCAGCCUCUUUAUAAACAUUGCAUUAAUAUUAAUUACAAUACGAUGUCAUUUAUUGGAAUACCAUUUAAUGUUUUACCCUCACAGGUCUUUGACUUGCAAGUACGUUUUGCACUAAAAUUUUAUACGAAACAAAUACAAUUACCGGAUCGUGCAGAGAUGUUGGCUGACCUGGAGCACGACUUGGAAACGCGUAGAUCACAAAAGUUACCAAAAAAACGUGCACAUUUUUUGGGUCCACGACAAUUUGAGUACUAUAAUGAAUUGGCGACUAUUGCGGACAUUACUAAUAUAAAACCCGUUAUUCAAUCUAUUAUGCGUGACGAUGGAUGCAAAUAUAUUAGCAGAUUAAACAGUUUCCGCAAUGCAUGCUAUAAAUGCAUAAAUGACAAUGAAUAUAUAAAAUAUGAAUCUUAAUUUACAA